AUGGGCGACACCCCAGAGGAAAUGCGCAUUGAUCCGUCGAGGGCCCAGGCUCUGGCCUCCCAGCUCAGAUCCGUCAAGGAACGUGCCGCCGCCCUGGCCAAUGGACGAAAUAUCCGACUCGUCGCGGUCUCCAAGCUAAAGCCGGCAAAUGACAUCUUGGCCUUGCAUCAGGAGCCGGCUUGUCAUGCCCAUUUUGGCGAAAACUAUGCGCAGGAGCUGAGCCAAAAGGCCGACCUCUUGCCCAAGAGCAUUCAGUGGCACUUCAUCGGUGGCCUCCAAUCUGGACACUGCAAGACCAUCGCCAAGAUCCCCAACCUCUUCUGCGUGUCCAGCGUCGACACCCCCAAAAAGGCCCAGCUCCUCAAUGCCACCCGUGCCAGCCUACUCUCCGCCACCCCGUCCCUGCCCAAGCUCUCCGUGCAUGUCCAAGUCAACACAUCCGGCGAGGAGGCCAAGUCUGGCUGCGCGCCCGGCGCCGACACCGUCGCCUUAUGCCGCGAGAUUGUCGAGUCGUGUCCCAGCCUCCAUCUGCUCGGCCUCAUGACCAUUGGCGCCAUCGCCCGCAGCAAGGCCACCGACCCGGAGAACCAGAAUAAGGACUUCGAGACGCUGAGGGAGCAGCGGGACUUGGUAGCCAGGGAGCUGGGUAUGAGCCAGGACCGCUUGGAGCUGAGCAUGGGUAUGAGCCAAGACUUUGAGGGGGCCAUCUCAAUGGGCAGCGGAGAGGUCAGGGUUGGCAGCACCAUUUUCGGCCAAAGACCAGCAAAAGCAGAUGCCAAGCUCAAAGAAUAG